UUUGGUCUGUAAGCCAACAGCUGUGGUUAGGUUACAGAUCCUCCACAGUAUGCAGGCAGAGCCCUGUGUGACGAUGGGAUGCACUCGAUGGAUCUUCGACUGGCUGCCUCUGCCCCAUUAAGAACAUUCCAUCUACUUACUUCGGUACCAGCAUUGCUAAUUUUUAUGAUUGGUUCACUUAGCAUGUAACUUAAUCCACUUUUAGUGCCCACUUUUACCAACUCUGCAUGCGUAGCUACAUUUCCCAAGAGUAGGAGAGGCUCCCCUAGGAACAAACCAAGCCAACCAGCAGCUUCUCUAGCUUGAGCUUAAUAUACCCCCACCUCCCAUUUUAUCCAAACCAUUGGCUGUGGAGGUACUUUUGACCCCUUUUCGGAAUAUGUGGUGGAACAGGCUAAGACGUUGCUUAAAAUAGCUUGUUAUUCGGUUUUUCCUCAAAAGAUAAUUAAAGGCAACUUCUGAGGUGUAGCAGUGACACCCGGGGGACCGGCACCAGCGCGGCACUCAGGAAUAAAGGGGGAGGAGAGGAACCAUUUGGAGGAGCAACAGGUCCUCAUGCCAGACUUCGUUCCAGAUUUUUCUCAACCGGGGCCAGCGAUGAACUUGGAUGUGGGGGUGGCUCUGCUCUCAACGGAGAGGCCCCCUGCACUUACGGACCCCCAGAGACCCACGCCGUCACUCGCCGACCAGGACAAGGUGGCUGGAUCGCCGAAGGACAGGGGUGAGGCAGGAAUUUUCGGACACACAAUGGACCCCUCAUCAGUCUGGGGUGAGCCCUGGGGAAGUGACGUUGGCUUACGGGCAGAACUCCCCUUCACCCCCAGCGUCUCCACAGUGAUCAGCCGGCAUGCCAGCCAGAUGGUUGAGGGUCCCCAGGAGCCCAGGAACCCCCAGUGUCUCCAGGGGCCAGGGGCCAUAGAGGAGAGGGAGGGGGAGGUCUCAGAACGCAGGCAGCAGCAGAAGAAGAAGAAGAAAAGGAGGAUCAGGGACGACAUGUAUGACACGGGUGACGGUCAUAGUUCACUGGAAACUCAGUCUGACCGCACCGCCCCAGUGGACAGCGCUCGCAGGAACCCUCUACGAAGAGAUGGUGGCUGGGAACAUGAAGAGGGAAACAGAAGUGCUACGCGAGUCAAGAAGGGCAAAAACAGGAAGAAGAUCCCCGAAGAAUGGGCCCUUCCCCUAGAGUCUCAGCUGCAGGUGUUGGCAGCAGAACAGACUGCCUUCCCUCUGGCUCCAGAAGAUCUCCCAAACCUGAAGGAACAGCUCCUCUCCUCCACAGAAGCCUCGUCCUUCACACAUGGCCUGGACGAGUAUCCCACUCCCAGCCUGCCUCCCUCCCUUGCUGAGGACCUGCUGUGCCUCACAGGAGGUGUUUCGUCGCCCCCCCCAUUUGCACUGCACCCCAAGGGCACCCCCCCGCCCAUGUCCCCACCUGCGAAUGCCAGUCCUGACCGAGACACUGCCCUGUUUCCUCUGGAAGUGUCUGAUAGUUUCAGCCUGGACACAGCUAGAGACAGCCUCUCCCUUGACUUAGAUCUACUUACUGGAGGCAUGUUUACAUCAUCUCUUCCUGAGGUGGCUCCUCAGACCCCUAACAGCAAACCGGGCUCCACUGAAGAGAGCCAAAAUGAUCUGGCUGAUCAGGGGCCCUUGAAGACCAUUUCUGUCGCAGAGUGGUUGGAGAUGGAGGCCCCCACUCUCCCAAAAGAGACCCCAGCCUCUUACUCAGAUGUCCCCAUGGGUAAAGUAGCCCCCCCUCCAGAUACCACUAAAGACCUCUCCUUCACUCCCCCUGAGGAACUAGAUCACAAGCCCUCCCCUAUCAGAGGAGAACCUGUCCCCAUUCCAGGUCCCCCCAGGGCUCGUACCACCUCCCCGGACCUGAUUCCUCUGUCUUCUCCUGGACAAAUACCUAUGGCCUCUCCGAAGGCACAAGAUGAGUCUCGAUCCCCAGGGCAGAAACUGCCAAAGAAGUCAGGGCCUACCAAGGACCACUCAUCCCCCCCUAGGUUUAAGCGUUCCCCUCCCCAUAGCCCUCCAGCCUUCACCCCCUCCUCCCCCCGCUCCGGGUUGAACCCCGCGGCCCCACCUUUCGUCCCCCGCCUCCCAGAUGCCCCUGUGCCCACGGUGACCUUGGGGAAGGAAAUCAAGAAACGCAUAGAGCAUGCCAAGCAGGAAGAGAAAACAGAAAAUACUAGCAAGCAAGAAACAGUUGAAAAGACAGAGGCCUCACAAAAGUCAGAGAAACUGGAAUCAGUGGAGAAGAAUGGCAAUGUGGAUGAAGGUGAGAAGACCGAGAAGAAUUCUGGGAAACUGGAAGGAGAGCAGAAAGGGGAAGCGGCAAGUCUUGGCAAAAAGGCAGAUAGUGUAAAAGUAAAGAGUACAGUGGAGACAGCAGAAAGAGUGGAAGAGCUGGACAAGAUAGAAAUACUAGAGAAGAAAGAAAAUGUGCCACAUAAGAUGGAAAACAAUAAAGUAGAUAAAACAGAAAAGGUGGAGAUGGAGGAUAAAGUAGAGAAGACGGAAAUGGUGGAGAAGGAAGAUAAAGUAGAGAAGAUGGAAAAGGUGGAGAAUAAGUUAGAAAUGAUGGAGAAGAUGGAUAAUGUAUAUGAAACAGAUAAGGUGGUGAAGGAAGAUAAAAUAGAGAGGGUGGAAAAGGAGAAGUUUGAUAAAGUAGAGAAGAUAGAUAAAGUGGAGGAUAAUGUAAAGCCUGAGAAAAUGGAUAAACUAGAUAAGGGGGGUGAAGUGGGGAAGACAGAAAAGGUGGAGAAGGAGGAUAAAUUAGAGAAGACAGGAAAGGUGGAGGAGGAUAAAGCAGAGAAACUGGAAGAGUUGAAAGUGGAUAAAGAAGAGAAGACAGAAAAGGUGGAGAAGGAGGAUAAAUUAGAGAAGACAGGAAAGGUGGAGGAGGAUAAAGUAGAAAAGGCAGGUGAGGUAGAGAUGAAGAAGAUGGAUAAAGAGGAAGUGAAGGAUAAAACAGAGAAAACUGAAAGCGACAAAGCUGUCGAUAAAGAAGACAGAGCUGUGAAGAUACCAGAACUGAAUGGGCAGCUGGAGAAAACUGAUAAAGAGGACGACAAGUCAGGGAAGUCGGGUGCAAUGGACAAGAAAGAAACAGCAGAGAAAACAGACAGUACCGAGCAAGCAGAAAAAAAAGAAGAGAGCAGGGAGAAGGGCAAAGCCCCCGCUGGAAACAAGGCCACCAGGGGUGUGAAAUCGCCAUCGACUAACGGGAUCGGCGCUGUGCUGAAGAAGGACCUGACUACUCCAGACAAGAAGAUCAAGCCUGCUGUUGGCCCGGGCAAAGUGAGCCCCCCCAAGCCGCGGACGAACUUGCGCAGUACUGGCACCAGCUCCGCCCCCACCUAUAAACGCCCACCCCCCUCUCCCACUUCAUCCUCCAUGGCUCCCAGCAGAAAAAGCCCAUUGCCCAAGACACCUGCCCCCCACACUGCUGGCAAGCGGCCUGUGUCCGCGGCCAGCCGCACCCCCACUGCUACAUCCCAAGAGAAGAAGCUCAAGGAAGAAAAGCGCCCCCUGGUGCCAAAGGACAAUUCUGUGCCCAAGACCAAUUCCUCCACCACAACUUCCGCCAAACCUGCCAGAACCCCCCGGGUGUCCCCAUCCACCACACGGUCCCCUACUGGACCCCUUGCCCCACGACGUUCCUCAGCCACCAAGGCCGAGAACGAAACAGGGGAGGUGAGAAAGCCUAGCAGCCUGAAGAGCACCCCAGCUGACUCCAGACUCAAGAGCGCCCCCAAUCGGAACUCCACCAGUGGCCGUCCCAUCAGGUCCCCAACAACUGCACCCGCCCCCACCCUGCCUGAGAGGAAGCCACCGGUGCCACGUGCCCCCCGGUCCUCUGCAGCCUCCACCACUGCCAAGGCCGCCCCUCGGCUAAGCCCCGCCCCCAACGCCGUGGCCGCCCCCGAUGUCCGCAAAGCCCGUUCUAAGGUCGGCUCCACAGAGAAUGCCAAGCACCAGCCCGGCGGGGGAAAGGUUCAGAUAGUCAACAAAAAGCUGGACUUCAGCCACGUGACGUCGCGCUGUGGCUCCAAGGACAAUAUCAAGCAUGUGCCCGGCGGAGGCAACGUGCAGAUACUCAGCAAGAAACCUGACCUAAGUAAGGUGACAUCAAAGUGUGGCUCCAAAACCAAUAUUAAACACAAGCCAGGGGGCGGUGAUAUGAAGCUAGAGGCCCUUACAGUCCAAGAUAAGGCUCAGGCCAAAGCGGGAUCAACAGACAAUGCUGAGGGGAUGUUGGAAGCUGUCACGCAGGACGUGGCUCCCUCUAGUGGUGCCCCGGUUGCGGUGGACAGGGCUCAGGAGAAUGGUUUGAAAAAGGAGACAACCAGUGGGGGCGAAGGGUUCCGGGGCCCACUGGGACUGGACUCGCGCAUCCCAGAGACAAGCGUGUAGCCCCCUGUGCUGCUGCUGGAUUCCCUCCUCAUCUACCCCCCCUCCCCCCAGUGCUUCCUCCUCCUCUGGUUUCUCACCUCCUCCUUCUCUCUUUCUCUCUUCUGGUUUUCCCGACCUUCCUGCUACAGAUUGAGUCCUGCAGGCUCAGACCCCCCCUUGGGGAUGCCCCGGCUCACUCGGACCAUGGCGUCGGCAUCUCCCUCCCCCUCCCUCACUGGACCUGGCACCCAGAACGCGACGUGCCUGCUACAACCUCCUCUCUCCCACUGGCUUCCUUGGGUCCCCUGCCCCUCUCCCACUGCCCAGUAAGGCAGACAGGCAGGCAGCAAAACAUUGUACCCAUACCUCAUCCCAUCACCUUCCUGCCAUUUUUGGUCAUCACCCACUCCAUUUUAAUCCCACCCUCCUUCCGCAUUCCCUCAUUGGCUAAGUUAGGUAGCCAGGGGUAGGGGUCUCUUAUGGAGAGUCACAUGGGAUUUAAGAUGCCCCUCCUCCUUCAGCUGAGUGACCCUAACCCUGCCCCAUUCCCUGGAACCAUUCAGAGAGGCAUGGUCAGGUCAAUAAUGUUGUCGAAGGGGUCCUUUUACUUCCCGAGACCCCACACCCUCAUGGUGUCGCCCCUAGAGAAGAGCAUGGUUCUUUGCCCUGUAGCAGCUUUGUGUCUUUGUGACAGAGUACCAUCUUGGGCAACACUGUCUUGUUUAUGCCGUUAUUGACCAUCCCAGCCUUCUAUGAAUAUAGUAUGUAGAACAGUGGUUCUCAAACUUUUUACACCGUCUACCACCUUAGAAAACACUAGACUGUCCUCGUACCAUCAUUACAACCGACAUCAUACAUGGAAAUACCUCCAUAUACCACUAUAGGGCACUCCAUAGUUUGAGAACCUCUGGUGUAGAGCAUAAAGAGUAGUCUACUAAAAGUAACUCCAGUAACCCCUUUUAGCGAGCAUGCACAACUGUUGUGUGGUCCCAGCAGCCAUUGUCAUUUUAGGCUGAACUCCCAGCCCCACCUGCAGAUGGGCACCACCCUAGUCCCCCAUCUGCCUCCACUGCGGAACUGUUAGCACCAGCGCAGUGCAUCAAGCUAGACUGAGCAUUCAGUAUAAUCUUAGUACCUUUCCACUCCAGUUUUUGUAAUGGCGUGUUUUAGUAUUCCUCGUCACACGAAGUCCUUUCGUUCCAGUCCGCUUCUCGUAUUAUUAUUCUUAUUGCUGUUGUAAGGCUUUCUAUUUAUUUAUUUUUCAAAGUUCCUGGUGGUUUGCAUUGUCUUUCAAGAGAAUGUCCACGAAGGCCUGGUUUUGGUAGCCGCUGUCCAUAGUGGUUAGUGAUUAUAUCACGAUUUUGUAUUGCACGGUUUAUUUAGUGAAUCCGUCUCAGUACACCGACUUAAUGGGAACCCUUACUUUGGGUUUUCUGUAGCGCUGUAGUGCUUCUCUUGGCCGAGCGGAGAGCUGCCUGGCAACGCUGGGUCCAAGCGAUUCCACGUUGUUAGCUGACUGGCCACGGGUGACAAAAAACUGGCGGCUCCAGUGUUGCCCACGGUGGAGGAAAGAGUGCAGUUGUGCGCUGGCGUUAGCCGAUGUCAUGCGUCAGAAAAGCACUCGUUAUUUGCAGACAGCCUCCUUUGGAUACCAUCAGCUAGGCGUCGGUCUGGGAUGGGUCAGUGACGGAGAGAAGGAUGGCGUGAGAUCACACUUAAGGGUCACAGUGAUGUCAUCUUUGAGAGGCGGUCAGGGGGGCAGGUAGAGCGGAAGUUAUAUUGCGGCAAGGGGGGGCAGUCAGAUUGAAACUGAUACAACUCUAAUUAUGACAGUGGGCAGUAGACUAGGUCAGCUGAUUAAUCGGUGUUAAUCAGGAUUGCUUUGUCCUGUAUUAGCGCAGAAGCAUAGGGACCUCUGUGUUCUAAGAUUUACUAUUAAGUCCUGUUUCUUAAAAACUCAUACCUUAUAUCAUUCACCUUACUUAUUACAUACACUUUUAAUGAUACACUUAAAAUUCUAAUACCAUGUUCUUUUGAGGUUGUCUGUCUGUGCGAGAGGGAGUAUGGCCAUCAGACUGGUUGCUUGUGUGUUUGCGUGUAUCUGUCAACUGUCCCCCUACUUCCCUAUCCCGCCCCUCCAGAAACCUGAUGCUGAAUGAGACAUAACAAAUAUUAUGGCCCCUCUGUCAGAACACGCAGCUUUCUUUGCAUUCAAUGUGAGUGAAGGAUGGUGUGGUGAAAUGCAACGGCAGUAACAAUCAGCACUGAGCUAAUGAACAAAAACGGCGGGAUGUCAUGAGAUCAUCUGUAGUAUCGUGUCAUAACGAAGUUUUAAUGCUUUACGGCAGGGAGAGUCUGUAUAAUACAGAACAACCUGUAUGUACAAUAUGAAGGAAAUCUGAUCGCAAUAAAGUAAAAGUAUGUACAUGUGGUAGUACAGGACUGUAAUAUUAAGUAUUAGUAUGUGGUCAUUCAGUCUGGCAGGCUGUUCCUGCUUUGAGGGUUUGCAUUGUUAUACAUUGUUGCAUUAAAAACAAAUAUUUAAAAUUGAA